AUGGCAAAGGAGGAAGAAGAUGAGAAGAAAGCCAAGAAAGGGAAAAAGGGGAAGAAGGCACCGGAGCCGGAGAAGCCCAAACGGAGCCUGAAGGGGACGUCACGGCUGUUCAUGGGCUUCCGCGAUCGCACGCCCAAGAUCUCCAAGAAGGGUCAAUUCCGGAGUGCGUCCGCCUUCUUCUGGGGCCUCCACACUGGCCCCCAGAAGACCAAACGCAAGAAGAAGGCACGCACCGUGCUCAAGUCGACGUCGAAGCUCAUGACGCAGAUGCGCAUGGGCAAGAAGAAGCGGGCCAUGAAGGGCAAGAAGCCGUCCUUCAUGGUGAUCCGCUUCCCUGGACGGCGCGGCUAUGGCCGCCUGCAGCCGCGCGCCCAGUCACUCAGCAAGGCGUCCACGGCCAUCAACUGGCUCACCAAGAAGUUCCUCAUCAAGAAGGCCGAGGCGGCCGGCAGCGAGCAGGCCACCCUGGACGCCCGGCUCAACCGGCCCGGCUCCCGCGUGGGCUCUCACAAGCUGCCCUUCCCCUCGGGGGCCGAGAUCCUGCGGCACGGAGGCCGCCUGCGCAGAUUCCCCCGCAGCCGCAGCAUCUACGCGUCGGGAGAGCCCGUGGGCUUCCUGCCCUUCGAGGACGAUGCCCCGUUCCGGCAUUCGGGCUCUCGCAAGUCGCUAUAUGGGCUCGAGGGCUUCCAAGACCUGGGAGAGUAUUAUGACUACCACCGCGAGGGCGACGACUACUACGACCAGGAGUCACUCUACCAGUACGAGGAGGAGGAGCCCUACCCAGUCAGCUAUGGCCCUUACGGCCCGGCCUGGCCACCCUAUGGAGUCCACACGCACGGGUACCCACCUGAGGACCCCUACGACCACUACCACCUGGACUAUUACAGUGGCUCCUACUACCCAGCUUAUGGCUACGGCUACGACGAUUAUGAGCCCCCCUAUGCGCCCCCGUACGGGUACACGUCCCCCUACAGCUACUACGAUGAGUACGAGGGCGGGGCACAACCACACAGCUACUACCUGGAUCCCUACGUACCGUACAUGCCCUACGACCCCUCGUACGACCUCCCGUGUGACGUACUCUACGCUGAUCCCUAUGGAGUGCCCUAUGGCGCCCCCUAUGGUUCCCCCUGUGGCGUUACCUACGCCAAAGACCUCUAUGGUGGCGGGGACCAGACCAUCUACCCACCUGAAGUGCCCUAUCUCUAUCCAGAGGAGUCCUUCGCGUACCCUUGGGUGCCGCCGCCCGUUCUGUCACCGCACAACCCAUAUGCCCACCCCAUGGAUGACAUCGCGGAGCUGGAGGAGCCAGAGGAGGCGGGCGCGGAGCGUCAGAGAACCUCCUUCCGCCUGCCCAGUGCAGCCUUCUUCGAGCAGCAAGGCAUGGACAAGCCCGCCAGUUCCAAGCUGUCCCUCAUCCGCAGGUUUCGCCUCUUCCCGCGGCCCCAGGUGAAGCUGUUCGGGAAGGAGAAGCUGGAGGUGCCCCUGCCUCCCUCCCUGGACAUCCCGCUGCCCUUGGGGGAUGCAGACGAAGACGAAGAAGAGGAGAUGCCCACAGUGCCCUAUGCCCACCCCUUUUGGGGCUUUCUCACGCCUCGCCAGCGCAACCUACAGCGCGCCCUUUCGGCCUUUGGUGCCCACCGGGGCCUGGGCUUCAGCACCGAGUUGGGCCGCCCCGCACCUCGCCGGGCCACCUCGCUGGCACGCUUCCUCAAAAAGACUCUGUCAGAAAAGAAGCCCACUUCGCAGCUCAGGGGCAGCCAGAAGGCCCGUCUGGGAGGCCCAGCAGUCAGGGAGGCAGCUUACAAGCGCUUCGGCUACAAACUGGCCGGCAUGGACCCCGACCAGCCCAGCACGCCCAUCGUGCUGAGGAGGGCCCAGGCGUGGGUUCACAACAACUCCCGCCGCCCGCCCGCGCCCAGGACAGCCUCCCACUGGAGCAUGCUCACCUCGCCCCCUGCACCCCCGCGGCCCCCCAGCCCCAGCCCUCCGCCGGCCCCACCCUUCUCCCCGGCCCUCUCCAGUCUGCCCAGGCCAGCUUCGCCCUAUGGCUCCCUCCGCCAGCAUCCGCCGCCCUGGGCCGCCCCCACUCACGUGCCACUCACGCCCCAGGCCAGCUGGUGGGCCUUCGUGGAGCCCCCUCCUGUGAGUCCCAAGGUACCCCCUAACCUGCUGGCCUUCCACAGACCCCGGCCCUCCAGGGGCUCUUGCCGCCGAGGGGCGGCCUUCAGUUUCCGGGGGCUCUCCCCACACGCGUCGAGGAGGCGGGCCUGGCCGCCCCAGCCCUCCCUGAGGAGCCUGCCCUGCCUGGCCUACCGCUCGCCCAUAAGACCCCUGUCCCCUCAGCCAUCCAUCCGCACCAGCCCCUUCCAGCCACCCUUCUCACCCCCGCCCUUUCGUCCCCGCUCACUGCGAGAGGCCCCAUCCUCGCAUUAUGUCUCUGGGCUCCUGGGCCCACCCCACUCACCCACACUGGGCUCCCCACAGCCGCCCUCGCCACCGCCUCUGCUGGGCCGCAGCUCUUGGCGCCGCUCCCUCAACCUGCCCUCCCGCCUGCCGCACACGUGGCGCCGCCUCAGCGAGCCGCCCACUAGAGCUGUGAAGCCCCGUGUGCGCCAGCCCUUCCACCGCCCUCCUGGUGCUGGAUCCUGGCCAGUGGCUGCGGCUGUGCCUGAGCACCAGGAGAGCCAGCGGGAGCCUGAGGACUCAGAGACACCCUGGACUGUCCCUGCACUGGCCCCCAGCUGGGAUGUGGACAUGCCUCUCACUCAGCGCCCACCCUCACUCUGGCCAGGAGGUGCAGGCAGCCGCAGAGGCUUUUCCAGGCCACCCCCUGUUCCUGAAAACCCCUUCCUCCAACAUGUGGGCUCUGUGUCAUCUCUGGCUCCCCAGCCUGAGGACCCAGCCUCGCACUCAACCUGUGUCUUUCUGGGUAGACACCAUGAUCUGGGGCCUGGACAAUUGGCCAAAUCGGCCAGCCCCAGCCCAGAGAAGCUGGAAGAAGAGACCACCCCUGGGGACCCUGAGCCAGCAGCAGAGCCUAAGCCACCAACCCCAAAGCCCCUCAAGGAUUCCCCACCAGAGCAGAAGGCACUAAAGCUCAGCCUCUCCUGCCCACUGGUCUCAUGUGACAGGAUGAGGGCCACGUGGCCACCAUGGCCAUGGCGCCGCUGGGGGAUGCUGCCCAGUGCCCCAGCCCCCUUGUCUCCCACUGGGGCCCUGGGGCCCCUGCCCAAGAUGGGUGAGCGACACCAAGCAGUGGUCAUGCCACAGGUGCAAAAGCUCAGCUCUUCCCAGCGAGUUGGUUCUGCCACCCUGCAGCCCCCUAUCCACCUGACCCAGGACCCAGAGCCCAGCCCCAAGCCAAGAGCCUGGAGUUUGCUCUGGUCCCACCUCUUGCUGCCAGUGGAGGCCCACCAGUGCUGUCCAGGAGCGCUCGCCCUCCCUCCAUCCUGCUGCUUGGGCCCUGGAGCCACCUGCCUGCCCCACAGAGGCCCCUGGGAAGAGGUUGGCUCCAAGAGCUGGUGGAACAAGAUGCACUCUCUCCGCAACCUGCCCUCCACGCAGUUCCGUGAGCAGCACCGGGAAGAUGGUGUGGAUGACAUGACGCAGUUGGAAGACCUCCAGGAAACCAUCGUGCUGUCCAACCUGAAGACCAGAUUUGACCGGAACCUGAUCUAUACAUACAUUGGCAGCAUCCUGGUGUCAGUGAACCCAUACCAAAUGUUUGGAAUCUACGGGCCAGAGCAGGUGCAGCAGUACAGCAGGAGGGCCCUGGGAGAGAAUCCCCCGCAUCUCUUUGCAAUUGCAAAUCUUGCCUUUGCCAAAAUGCUUGAUGCCAAACAGAACCAGUGCAUCAUCAUCAGUGGAGAGAGUGGCUCUGGAAAAACUGAGGCCACGAAGCUGAUUCUAUGCUACUUGGCUGCCAUGAACCAGAAACGGGGCAUCAUGCAGCAGAUAAAGAUCCUGGAGGCAACACCCCUCUUGGAGUCCUUUGGUAACGCCAAAACCGUCAGGAACGACAAUUCCAGCCGCUUCGGAAAGUUCAUAGAGGUCUCUCUGGAAGGGGGCAUGAUUUCUGGUGCCAUAACCUCCCAGUACCUGCUUGAGAAAUCCAGGAUUGUGUUUCAGGCCAAAAACGAAAGGAACUACCACAUCUUCUAUGAGCUGCUGGCUGGGCUGCCUGCCCAGCUCCGGCAGGCCUUCAGUCUGCAGGAGGCUGAGACUUACUACUACCUGAACCAGGGUGGGAACUGUGAGAUCUCAGGGAAGAGUGAAGCGGAUGACUUCCGCCGGCUCCUGGCCUCCAUGGAGGUGCUGGGCUUCAGUGGUGAGGACCAGGACAGCAUCUUCCGCAUCCUGGCCUCCAUCCUGCACCUGGGCAAUGUCUACUUUGAAAAGUAUGAGACGGACGUGCAGGAGGUAGCCUCGGUGGUGAGCGCCUGGGAGAUCAAGGCUGCCGCAGAGCUGCUGCAGAUCUCCCCUGAGGGCCUGCAGAAGGCCCUCACCUUCAAAGUGACUGAGACAGUGCGAGAGAAGAUCUUCACCCCGCUGACUGUGGAGAGUGCUGUGGAUGCCAGGGAUGCCAUCGCCAAGGUUUUGUAUGCACUGCUGUUCAGCUGGCUCAUCACCAGGGUCAAUGCGCUGGUGUCCCCACAGCAGGGCACACUGUCCAUCGCCAUCCUGGACAUCUACGGCUUCGAGGACCUGAGCUUCAACAGCUUCGAGCAGCUGUGUAUCAAUUAUGCAAAUGAGAACCUUCAGUACCUUUUCAACAAGAUCGUCUUCCAAGAGGAGCAGGAAGAGUACAUCCGUGAGCAGAUAGACUGGCAGGAGAUCACCUUUGCUGACAAUCAGCCAUGCAUCAACCUCAUCUCACUGAAGCCCUAUGGCAUUCUGCGCAUCCUCGAUGACCAAUGCUGCUUUCCCCAGGCCACAGACCACACAUUUCUGCAGAAGUGCCAUUACCACCACGGCACCAACCCUCUGUACUCCAAACCCAAGAUGCCACUGCCUGAGUUCACCAUCAAGCACUAUGCAGGCAAAGUCACCUACCAGGUGCACAAGUUCCUGGAUAAGAACCAUGACCAGGUGCGCCAGGAUGUGCUGGACCUAUUUGUACGGAGCCGCACACGGGUUAUUGCACACCUCUUCUCCAGCCAUGCCCCGCAGGCCAUCCCUCAGCGCCUGAGCAAGAGCAGCUCUGUCACCCGGCUCUACAAGGCACACACAGCAGCUGCCAAGUUCCAGCAGUCGCUCUUGGAUCUGGUGGAAAAGAUGGAGAGGUGUAAUCCUUUGUUCGUGCGUUGCCUGAAGCCCAAUCACAAGAAGGAGCCAGGCCUCUUUGAGCCAGAUGUGGUAAUGGCACAGUUGCGUUAUUCUGGGGUGCUGGAGACUGUGCGAAUUCGCAAGGAGGGCUUUCCAGUGCGGCUGCCUUUCCAGGUGUUCAUUGACAGGUACCGUUGUCUAGUGGCCCUCAAGCACAGCCUGCCAGCCAGUGGGGACAUGUGUGUGUCAGUGCUGAGUCACCUAUGCACAGUCAUGCCAAACACAUACCGCGUCGGUGUCAGCAAGCUGUUCCUUAAGGAACACCUACACCAGCUGCUGGAGAGCAUGCGGGAGCGCGUCCUGAAUCUGGCAGCCCUCACUCUGCAGCGCUGCCUCCGAGGCUUCCUCAUCAAGCGGCAUUUCCAUUCCCUGCGCCACAAGAUCAUCCUGCUGCAAAGCCGGGCCCGCGGAUACCUGGCCAGGCAACGGUAUCAGCAAAAGAGGAGGAGUCUGGUGAAAUUCCGGUCCCUGGUGCGCACGUACAUGAGCCACCAGCACUACCUCAAGCUGAGAGCAGAGCAGAGGCUCCGGGCAGAGGAGGCACAGCUUCAGGAGCAAGAGGAGCUGAGCAAGCGGGAAGUGGUGGCUGUGGGGCACCUGGAGGUACCGGCUGACCUGGCUGGACUCUUGGGAGCAGGGGCAGGCCUCAAGCCAGCCCAGGUACCCCGGGUGGCCCCUGUGCGGACUCCCCGUCUCCAGGCUGAGACCCAUGUCACACUUCCCCUGGAUAUCAACAACUACCCCAUGGCCAAGUUUGUCCGGUGCUACUUCAAGGAGCCUGCCUUUGGGAUGCUGACUGUGCCCCCGAGGACCCCUCUCAUGAGGCUCCCAGUGGAGUGCCAUGUGGAAGCUGUGAGCAUCUUCAAGCUGAUCCUGCGUUUCAUGGGUGACCCCCACGUGUAUGGUGCCCAGGAGAACGUCUUUGGGAACUACAUUGUGCAAAAGGGGCUGGCGGUGCCUGAACUGCGGGAUGAGAUCCUGGCACAGCUGGCGAACCAGGUGUGGCGCAACCCCAGUGUCCACAAUGCCGAGCGGGGCUGGCUCCUGCUGGCUGUCUGCCUCAGCAGCUUUGCCCCUUCCUCACGCCUCAACAAGUACCUCCUCAAGUUCGUGUCUGAUUAUGGGCAGAAUGGCUUCCAGGCAUUGUGUCAACACCGCCUCAUGCAGGCCAUGGGCCGGGCCCACCAGCUGGGCUUGGGGGCUGCCCGCACCUUUCCCCCAACCCAGCUCGAGUGGAUAGCAGCCCAGGAGAAGGCCCGCAUGGCGCUGGAUGUGGGCUGCUUCAAUGGUGACCAGUUCUCCUGCCCAGUGCACUCCUGGAGCACAGGGGAAGAGGUGGCUGGAGACAUUCUGAAGCACAGGGGGCUGACAGAUGGCUGGCGGGGCUGGACGGUGGCCAUGAAGAACGGGGUCCAGUGGGCUGAACUGGCAGGCCACGAUUAUGUACUGGACCUGGUGUCGGACCUAGAGCUACUCAGGGACUUCCCUCGACAGAAGUCCUACUUCAUUGUGGGUGCAGAAGGGACCCUGGCCGGCAGGGGAGGUUCCAAAGUGGUGUUUGGAAACAGCUGGGACUCGGAUGAGGAUGCACCCUCUAGGUUCCAGUCUCAGCGGCAUGUGCCCAAAGUGGCUGACUCUGAUGGGUACUGCAGCCACAGUGAGGAUGGUACAAAUGGGGAGCCUGGGGACCAGAGAGGGACAGCACCCCACCAAGACUCAGACAGCAUUGGAGAGCCUGCUGCACCCCACAGGGGACUGGACUGCUACCUGGACAGCCUCUUCGACCCUGUGCUGUCCUAUGGAGAUGGGGAUCUGGAGAAGCCAACAGCCAUUGCCUACCGUAUGAAAGGGGGAGGUCAGCCUGGUGGAGGUGGCAGUAACAGCAUCGAAGGCACUCCCAGGAGACCUCCAGAGCCAAAGCCAAAGCCAAUCCCAGGCCUGGACGCCCCCACAUCAGCUCUGAAGCAAGCCUUCACCCGCAGACAGGCCAUGAUGCUGGCCCACAGGAUGACCCUGCAGGCCAUGGCAUUCCAGCAGGGACCCCUGAGUCCCGCCCCGAGGCCCCUACCCCCAGAGAAACCCCUAGCACCAGAGGCACAGCCGAAGUGUGCAGGCAUUGGACCCCCAGCCAAACCUGUGCUCCUUCGCUCACCUCCGAAGCCCGUGGCCCCAGCCCCUCUGGCCAAGGCCCCAAGGCCCCUCAACAAGCCGGUAGCUGCCCCUAUUCUAGCUCAGGACCAGGCUUCUCCAGAAACUGCUUCUCCCUGCCCAGAGGUGGUCCAGUAUGCGACACUGAACUCAGAGCACUUCCUGCAACCCACACAGCAGAUCAGGAAUAUCGUGAGGCAGUACCAGCAGCCAUCCCGGGGAGGCCGACCCAAGGCCCUCAGGAAGGACGGUGGAAGGGUGUUUGUGAAGUGGCCUGACCCCCAUGAGGAGGCCCUGAUGAUCCUGAAGGAGCAGAUCAACCAUCUGGUGGCAGCACCAGGCAGCCAGGUGCCCAGAGAGGCUGUGGGCCUCGUGAAGCCAGUGACCAGUGCACGAAGGCCAUCCAUGGGGCCCACUCCAGUGCUGCCCUCCAGGUCUCUGGAGCCUGAGGAGGACCCCGUGCAGACCAGGCUGCACUGCCUCGUCAACCCUACCUUCUAUGGCUACCGGGAUGCCUCCUGGCGUAUCUUCCUGCGCAAAGAGGUGUUUUACCCCAAGGACAGCUACAGCCACCCUGUCCAGCUAGACCUCCUUUUCCGGCAGAUCCUGCAUGACACACUCUCCAAGGCCUGCCUGCGCAUUUCUGAUGAUGAGAGGCUCAAGAUGAAGGCCCUUUUUGCCCAGAAUCAGCUGGACACACAGCGGCCCCUGGUGACGGAGAGUGUGAAGCGGGCUGUGGUCAGCACUGCACGCGACAGCUGGGAGGUCUAUUUCUCCCGUCUCUUCCCUGCCACGGGCAGCGUGGGUACUGGUGUGCAGAUUCUAGCUGUGUCCCACACAGGCAUCAAACUCCUGCGGAUGGUCAAGGGCAGCUGGGAAGCUGGUGGGCAGCUGCGGGUCCUGCGCACAUACAGCUUUGCAGAUAUCCUGUUUGUGACCGUCCCCUCCCAGAACAUGCUGGAGUUCAACUUGACCAACGAAAAGGUUAUCCUCUUCUCAGCCCGAGCUCACCAGGUCAAGGCCUUGGUGGACGACUUCAUCCUAGAGCUGAAGAAGGACUCAGACUACGUGGUUGCUGUGAGGAGCUUCCUGCCUGAGGACCCAGCACUGCUGGCCUUCCACAAGGGUGACAUCAUCCACCUGCAGCCCCUGGAGCCACCUCGAAUGGGCUACAAUGCCGGCUGUGUUGUCCGCAAGAAGGUCGUGUACCUGGAGGACCUGCGGCGGAGAGGCCCUGAUUUUGGCUGGAGGUUCGGGACCAUCCAUGGGCGAGUGGGCUGCUUCCCUUCUGAGCUGGUGCAGCCUGCAGCUGCCCCGGACUUCUUGGAGUUGCCCACAGAGCCAGGCAGGGGCCAGGCUGCUGCCGUGGCUGCUGCUGUGGCCUCGACUUCUGCUGCAUGGGAGGUGGGCCGCAGGAGGGAGGGUCCCCCAGUCAGAGCUGGCUCCCCUGACUGUGGGGAGGACAGCCUGGCUCUCCCACCGCACACAAUGCUUGAGUUUGCCCAGAAGUAUUUCCGACACCCUCAGAAGAGACCCCAGGAUGGCCUCAGGCUGAAAUCCAAGGAGGGUCAGGAGUCCAGAGCCUGGGAGGACAUGCUUUGCUUCACCAAGACCCCGCUCCUGGAUUCUCUCAUCGAGCUCAGUGACAGCAGCCUCAACAAGAUGGCCACCGACAUGUUCCUAGCUGUGAUGAGGUUCAUGGGGGAUGCCCCACUGAAGGGCCAGAGUGAACUGGACGUGCUUUGUACCCUCCUGAAGCUGUGUGCUGACCAUGAGGUAAUGCGAGACGAAUGCUACUGCCAAGUUGUGAAGCAGAUCACAGACAACGCCAGCACCAAGCAGGACAGCUGUCAGCGAGGCUGGAGGCUGCUGUACAUCAUAGCUGCCUACCACAGCUGCUCCCAGGUGCUCCAGCCACACCUUGUUCGCUUCCUCCGAGAUGUGAGCCAGACACCGGGCCUGCCUUUCCAGGGAAUCGCCAAGGCCUGUGAGCAGAAUCUGCAGAAAACCUUCCGCUUCGGUGGCCGCCUGGAGCUCCCCAGCAGCAUGGAGCUUCGGGCCAUGUUGGUGGGCCGCAAUUCCAAGAGACAGCUCUUUCUUCUCCCUGGAGGCCUAGAACGCCAUUUCAAAAUCAAAACAUGCACUGUGGCCCGGGAUGUGGUGGAAGAGAUCUGUGCUGAGAUGGCUCUGACACGCCCCGGGGCCUUCAACGAGUACAUCAUCUUUGCUGUCACCAACCUAGGCCAGCACGUGUGCCCACUCAGCCACCAUGCCUACAUCUUGGACGUGGCCGCAGAGAUGGAGCAGGUGGAUGGUGGCUACAUGCUCUGGUUCCGGCGUGUACUCUGGGAUCAGCCGCUCAAGUUCGAGAACGAGCUCUAUGUGACCAUGCACUACAACCAGGUCCUGCCUGACUACCUGAAGGGCCUCUUCAGCAGCGUGCCAGCCGGCCAGCCCAGCGAGCAACAGCUGCAGCAAGUGUCCAAGUUGGCUUCGCUGCAGCACCGGGCCAGGGAUCACUUCUGUCUGCCCAGUGUGCGGGAGGUCCAGGAGUACAUCCCGGCCCAGCUCUGCCAUACCGUAGCUGGCUCGGCAUGGCUCAAUCUGGUCAGCCAGGACCAGCAGCAGACACAGGCACUCAGCCCCCACCAGGCCCGGGCCCAGUUUCUGGGCCUCCUCAGUGUCUUACCCAUGUUCGGCUCCUCCUUCUUCUUCAUCCAGAGCUGUAGCCACAUUGCAGUACCAGCCCCCUGCAUCCUUGCUGUCAACCAGAAUGGCCUCAACUUCCUCAGCACCGGGAACCAUGAGCUGAUGUUGAAGGUCCCCCUGAAGGAGAUCCAGUCAACUCGGACCCAGCGGCCCACAGCCAGCUCCAGCUGCCCCUAUGUGGAGAUGGUGCUGGGGGAUGUAACAGCCCAGCACACCAUGCAGCUGCAGCUGGAGCAGGGCCUGGAACUGUGUCGUGUGGUGGCUGUGCAUGUGGAGAACCUGAUCAGUGCCCACGAGAAGCGGCUCACGCUGCCGCCCAGCGAAAUCACGCUGCUCUGACCCAGCCCCCAGCUGCCCUCUGCCAGAAGGCUUGCUGUGUGGCCCCAGGGGAGUUAGUGGGCCUCUUGGGACCAGUGACCUCUGUAAGGGGCUAGAACCUUGGGGGAAAUCAAGAGGCAGUAGGAGGGGUGAUCCAAGUCUCCAGGAACCUGAGAAGACAAGUCCGGAGCUGGGAUGGGAUUGCAGCAUGCAGACAUGGGUCAGACAGCAUACGGAACUGACAAAGGCUGCCCUGGUGGAGCCUCCCGCCAUAUACCCACCGAGGGCCCUGCCCCUGAUGCCCAGACAUGGCAGGGCAGUCCCACACCAGUGAACUGGAUUUUGCCUUUGGUUUACCCAGGUCUGAUCCAAUCUGCCCCACCUUCACUCCCGAGCCCCUCACAUGUCCUCCUUGAGUGCCCCUGCAUGCUGCUCAGCUUGGAUUCAGGGACCUCGAUCAUUGCUUUGCAAAUAAAAGGUACA